GUCCAAUGUCCUCUUUUCCUUUUUCAACAUGUCAGAUAACGAGGACGUGGUCAUCUACCGGUGUUAUUGCCCUCCUGGGGUGAAAAGAGUUAUUGCUUCAGGAAACAGUGCGUUUAUUGGAGAAGUUGACGACUCCACUGUGUUGAAAUAUCCACUGUCGCCAAAUGAUGAUAUGAGUCGACUCAAGGCGGAGAAGAAACUCUUCGAAGCAGUCGGAGAACACGAGCGCAUCAUCAAGCUCAAGGGCUCCUCAGCCAUGGGUCUCUAUUUAGAGCGUGCUGUGAAGGGUGACUUAUACUUUCAAGGAAUGCUACUAGCGCACGACGGGACGGUAUUAGUUGACGGUUGUAGUCGUGAGACUACUCGAUAUUACCGCCCUCGGUACGACCCUGAGGAUGCAGACACCAAAACAGAUAUCUUCGCACUUGGGUGCACGAUUUACUUCAUUAUCAUGGGCCAUAACGUAUUCCCCGACAUUCAAGAUGGAGAAGAAGGAUGGCGUGAGAAAGUUGAAGCCCGAUUUACAACGCAUCAAUUUCCCGACAACAUGCAUGUAUGCGCAGAGAUUGCCUGGAAAUGCUGGCUGGGCAAGUACGAGUCGGCGGCGGACCUUUUGUCGGACAUCAAAUCAGUUGAAGCUGCUCAUGCUGAGGUACACUGAGUUCUUAUAGCCCUCAUACCCUUCAAAUGC